AUUAAUUAUCGCAAGGGUUAUUUAUUAAAAAUACGUAAUAUCAGUGUAAUUAAUUAGUAAAACAAGUUAUGUAAAUAAUUAAAGUAACACAGUACAAAGUCAGGCACCGCACUCAGUGCAUGCAAACAGUAAAAGAUUAAAAGUAGAACAACCUUUGGAGGUUAGGUAAAAUUUCUCAAAAUUAGUUAUAGAAUCUUGAACGUUUGCAAAAUGACGACAUCUCGCCAAAUUUUAACAUUAUAUAAAUCGUUAUUACGUGAAGCGACGAGAAUGCCCGCAUAUAAUUUCAGAACUUACGCUUUAAGGAAAAUCCGGGAUAGUUUUCAUGGAAAUAAAGGUAUAAAUCAACCGGAAAUUGUUAAUAGGUUGUUUAAGGAAGGUAAAGAUAGUUUAGAAAUGUUAAAAAGACAGGUUAUUAUAGCUAAACUAUAUGAUGUUGAAAAAUUAGUUAUUGAAGAAAAACAGAUUUAAUUAUGUAUAGAAUAUAUUUUAAAGUGUAAUCAGUUAGGGCUUUAUUAUAAUUUAUUCGAUUUUAAAUUUUGGUGUUAAUUAAAAUAAUAGUGAUAUGAUUUUGAAAGUAUCAUUAAAGAUGGUAAACAUUGUUUACAAGUGUCUGAAAAUACAA